GCGGCGGGGGAGCCCGGCGGCGGGACCGGCUGCCGGGGAGGGGGGAGCGCGCCCGCCGCCCCCCAGCCGCCGCCGCAAGAGGGGCGCGCCGGGACGGGCGGCAGCUUCAGCCGAGGCGGACACGGCGCGGCUUGGCUUGGCUCGGCUCGGCUGGCCUGGGGUGGCCCCGCCGCUCGCAGCCCCCCGGGGCCGGCGGGAGGCGCCUGCGCGCUGCGGCCGCUCGGUGCCGGCCCCGGAGCUGGCGCCGCCCGCAGCCUCCCGCCGGCUUCUGCCUAUUUUAGUCACAGCGGCGGCUCGGUGGCCGCGGCGGGACGCGGUGCCGGGAGCGGUGAGGAGCGGUAGCCCGAGCCCGUCCCGUCCGGGCGCGGCGCCCUCCGUGCGGCCGCGAAACUUUUCGGAGGGCGCGGGCAGGGGCACGGGGCAGAUCAGAUGAAACUACAGAUGACAUGGCCAAAGUCAAGACAAUGCAUGAACUGAUGAGAAACAGCAUUGCCUCCUGAGAACAUUAGCCUCCUAGUUGCUGGAAAUCCUAAGUGCAACUUUACUACCAAAAGAGACCCUGAUGUUAUAUGAUCAUUGAGCAGAGUUUGCAAGAAUGGAAAAGCAAAGGACCCCACUAGUUUUAUCGCAUAAAUAAAAAUUUCCAAGAUUCAGCCGAAUCGAAAAAUUAUUCCAGCCAUGGGAGAAAAUGCAAGUUUUUGGGAAAGUUUGAUAUAUGCACAUCCUACCUGUACCACCUGGAAGCAAGAGGCUGAGGGAUCUAUCUACCACCUAGCCAGUAUUCUCUUUGUUGUUGGCUUCAUGGGUGGAAGUGGAUUCUUUGGGCUUCUCUAUGUCUUCAGCUUGCUUGGAUUGGGCUUUCUCUGCUCUUCUGUUUGGGCUUGGCUGGAUGUCUGUGCUGCUGAUAUAUUCUCCUGGAAUUUUAUACUGUUUGCUAUAUGCUUCGUCCAGUUCAUUUAUGUCACCUACCAAGUUCGGAGUGUUUCUUUUGACAAAGAAUUCCAGGAACUUUACAGUGCUCUCUUCCAGCCUCUGGGAAUUUCUUUGACUGUCUACAGGAAGAUCGUCUUGUGCUGUGAUGCAGAAGUGGUUACCCUGGAGAAGGAACACUGUUACGCCAUGCAGGGCAAAACACCUAUUGAUAAACUGUCCUUGCUUGUGUCAGGCAGGAUCAGAGUGACAGUUGAUGGGGAGUUUCUGCAUUAUAUUUUUCCUCUUCAAUUUCUGGAUUCUCCUGAAUGGGAUUCACUGAGGCCCACAGAAGAGGGAAUUUUCCAGGUAACGCUUACAGCAGAGACAGAUUGUCGGUACGUGGCCUGGAGGAGAAAGAAGCUGUAUCUGCUGUUUGCCAAACACCGUUUCAUCUCCCGCCUGUUCUCAAUUUUAAUUGGGAGCGACAUUGCUGAAAAACUGUAUGCCUUGAAUGACAGAGUGCACGUGGGGAAAGGCUUUAGGUACGACAUUCGGUUACCGAACUUCUACCACGUCUCGCUGCCAGAGACCCCUCCGGUGCAGCCCUCCCACCACCUACAGAGAGGGUCCCCCCGGCGCAAGCCCACGGGGGUUACAAACUGCAGCUCCUUCAGCACACAGUCCUAGAAAGGAAAGCUCUGCUGCAGCUGUUCCCCAAAGCGAUGAAGGGAAAUGCAAAGCGGUGAAGCAGAAGAGCAGAAAGAUGAAGGAGAAUAAGACACAGUCAAGCCAAAUUUGACUGACAAGUGCCAUUUACUUUCAUUGGAGUAGCUUGAAUUCUUCCUCUCUCUAGAGCCAGCGGGUUGGCUUCUGCAUUUUGACUGUUUGUGCAAUAUGUUUAGUUUCUGUUGAUUCUUUUGUUGAUCUUCAUCUCCUUACUUUUGGAGGAAAACAAUUCAUAACAGGCUGAAGUUUUAUUGUAAUUGUGGUGGCCUCUGUGUUCUGUUUAAAAAAAAACCAAACCCAUUGUAUUUGUAAUUAGACUUUCUCAAAAUUAUUUGCCAUAAUGAAGUAUAGUCAGUAUAGUCGAUGAAAACAAGUAAGUUGUCUACAAAAUACAGCAACUUGCUUAUAACGGUCAUAUUUAUGCCUUGGGAAUGUCGUCUCAUUUAACAUGAAGAAUAUUGCAGAAAAAGACUAAGAGACUGGUUGUAGUGGGUUUGUUUUUUAAAGAAAUGAAAGAUUUUUAAGUGCACAGCAUGAUUCUUAAAAAAGCAAACAAAAGAAAACAAAUUCUGUCCCAUGAGUGAUUGGUUUCUCUCUGGCUGUCCUAAAGAGGUAUGAUGUGAAAACAAACAUAAAUGUUAUUGCUGGCAUUAGAAAAGUAAAGCAGUUGUAACUGCUGCAGAUACAGCUUAUGGAAAUGGUCGCGUAGUGUUUCUGAUAGAACGUGAUGCUCUAGGAUCUAGGUUUCCACAGUGUCAGUGCCAUUCGUGACAUUUACAAUAAAUACUGUUAAUCAAUCAACUGCCAAACCACUGGAGUUUGUUUUACAAUAUCCUUUUUAGCCAGGUUUGUCAGGAAGAAACUAAUUAAGAAACAGCUGUAGCAAUAAACACAAUUUUUAACCAAAACAUUCUUGUUUAGUUUCCAGAGUCGCUUCUCUGUGCCUAUGAAAUUCUUGAUUUAAAAGAUAUUCUCUCCCUAAUUCUGUGGUGUUUUAAUGGCAUAAGGGAGCACCAGCUCAAGCUUCGGUAGGAGAAAGCUGGUUUUGACCCUUGAGGUCACUGUGCCUUUGGGGAGAAACGUCUGAAUGUCUUUGCUAACUCACCUUCCUGCUGCUAUGCCUGAUGCCUGGCAGUAAUGAAAAAAUAAGAAGCAUCACUAUUUUAUGAGGCUGUAUUGCUGCUUGAUAGAUCUGGAGGUAGAUCACGUUUUUAAUGUUUUAAAAUUGCUGGACUGUUUGGUAGGACAACCGUUGUGUGUUUGUGUACGUCCAGGAAUAUAUAUGAGUUUAGAUCUUGGGAGCUGCUGCUGGAGGACUUAAAAUAAUGAUACAACCUCAUGCUUGAAAGCUAAUCAUGCAGGAUGUAUUAGAAGUGAUACGAAACACCACCUGUUUGAAGGACCUUCGGUGUGGAACAGAUAAUGUUGUAAGAGUUUUGCUUUUAGCUUUAUGUCCCUUUCUCAGAGAGGAGAAUCUGCCAAACAUAAGUACCAUGGUAUGCAAUGUGAUAAUCCCCAAAUCCUGCUAAUAAGCCUUCCACACGAUGUAUUCUGUAUGUAUUACUUACUGCGUGAAGUCCCUGAGCCACAAAGCUACUUCGUCUUGCUCAAAAGAGAAUUGAAAAAAUGCAAACGGAGAGUUCAUUGACGGUGAUUAAAGACCGGCUCGGGAAAUAACGAAGGCACAGAGUGCCAGAAGCUAGCAGUGUGUGGUAAGGACGUACAGCUGAGUGUGUCCUCUUCCCGUUCUUGUCAUCAGGUCACGGUUCUGGGACAGGACAGCAGGCUACCCGGACCCCUUGGUAUGACUUGGCACAGGUAUUCUCAUGUAACGUCAGCGCUGUGAUUAGUAUCAUGUCUUACUUGUCGGCGGUGCCCAGUGCCUGAGGUGGGUAAGAAGCACGUCAUCUCUCGAUGCGGUCACUCAAGCUGCACCUCGCGAUCCCUCGCUUCACCCGGCCCAGCUGCUUCUGCUGAACGUGCCUUGUGCUGAAAACCUAAUGCUGGUUUUUAACAGGUCAUUCAACAACAGCCCCCCAGUCUCUCAUUCUGAUGAAAUUUAUUGUGGUAUAAAAUGUGUUGGACCAAUAUGAAGUUUAUACUUACUGGUUUAUGUGUUAACAGUCUACAAACAUGAAAAGAUUAUAGCCUAGAAACAUAAAAAAGAUGGUAUUCUACACUUAGGCAUAAUAUAAAGCAUCUAUUAAUGCUCUCCUCAGUUUUCUUGAAUAUAUGAGCUUGUCCCAUAUAUGUCUAUAAGAAAACUUGCCUUAGGGUAAGCAUUUAAUAAACUAGUAUGAUCAUCUUCCCCUUCAAAAUAAGACCAAGGAAUUUUGCCCACCCAAUUUCUGUAUCAAGCUUAUCCAUUCUAUUUAAACUAUAGCAUACUGCUUAGAAAGGUUCCCGCUCUGCAGUGAUGGGCGCUUCAUUACGUACUGAGGCAUUUUUUUUCUUCUUUGUGACUGGUGCCUUAGUUUCAGCCUGGUUUCCAAGCACAAUCCUCUGUGAUGCUUUUCUCUGCUGGAAUUAGUUACUAUCAGAAAUCUCUACUAGGCCAUGUCUGAGUCAAUAUCUGCACAUACUCUUAGCUAAUCUUGUUUAGCUUUUGCUACUGUGCUUUUUGGGCUUUGAGACACUUAAAAAUUGUUUCCAGUUUUCCAGCAUCUGUUUGAGUCAUAGCUAGCAGGACAUUUCAGCUGUAGAAUUCUGGACAUAUAUAUCUACAGUAAUAUAAGUACACACAAAAGGACUGGAAGUGAGACAGCAAGCCCUCUCCACCUCUGUUUGUUGUUUUUUUUUUUAAUUUUGACAGCACUUCUAAAAUGUACUGAAAAAUAUACUCUGCUCUGUGACUCAUAAACCAAUGUUUUGCGAGAGCUGUAUGGUCUACAGAAGUAAAGAUGCAUUCAAACUGAUGUCAGUGAAAUAAUACAAUCUUUUAUGAUAUCAUAUAUACCCAGUCAUUAGAGAGUUGGAGUUGUUCAGUCUGGAGAAGAGAAGGCUCUGGGGAGACCUUAGAGCAGCCUUUCAAUACUUACAGUGGCUUAUGAAAAGAUGGGGACAAACUUUUUAGUAAGGCCUGUAGUGAUAGGACAAGUGGUAAUGGGCUUAAACUAAAAGAGAGUAGAUUCAGACUAGAUAUUAGGAAGAAAUUCUUCCCUGUGAGGGUGGUGAGGCACUGGAACAGGUUGCCCAGAGAAGCUGUGGCUGCCCCCUCCCUGGAAGUGUUCGAGGCCAGGUUGGAUGGGGCUUUGGGCAACCUGGUCUAGUGGAGGGUGUCCCUGCCCAUGGCAGGGGGGUUGAACUAGGUGACUAUUAAAGAUCCCUUCCAAUCCAAACCAUUCUAUGCUUCUAUGGUUAUUUAUAGUUUAGUAAACAUUUGGAGCUAGAUGAAGCUCUGACUCGAGCAUCAUCCAAUUUAUGCCUGUGUUAUUACUCAGGAAUAACUAUCAGUGAGGUGGUCAGGCUCCUUAAUAAUUGAUUUAAGCAAAUGGAUAUUUGAGGCUGUGCUGCUUUGUGAAUUGAGGACACUAUCAGGGAAUCCUUUCCUUGAUCUGCAGUGAUCCCCCUUCAGGCACAUUUUACAUUUUUACUAGUUCCAUAAUCUUCUAUGGGGUUAUGUCUACAUUUGUAUACUGUUAUAGGUAAGAGUGGCAGAAUCUGGUGCACGUGAUGAUUUGCUCAUUAGUCAGCAUCAGUUGAUCUUUCAGAGUUUUUAUAAUUGUGAACGUUGUGCUGGAAUCACCCUUACAGCCUGCAGGAGGGUUCAGGCACAGGUAACAGAUUCUAAGCAAUGUUUUAAGUCCAGCAUGCAACUCUACUCAAAACUACAGAAUAACCAGAGAGAAUGUAUCCCAAUGUACUAUUAUAACUAAUAACGCUAUGCAAGAAAAAUUGUAAGUGCUUAAUGAAAAAUAUUAUUUUACAUGGUUGCCUAUGAUAAUGAAGGCUGGACUUGGUGACUGAGGAGGGCCACCCCGGUCCUCGAUUGUCGAGAAUUGCCCUGCAACAAACCAACAAAUCUGACAGUGAUCAAAGGAAACUCUAUAAUGCAAAGAAUGAUGGCAAACUAUGGCAAACUAUCUAUCAUAUAGAUAUAUGCCCUCCACUAGGAUAAAGCUGGAAAAGCUGAAUACAUGCUUGGAUGAAAUUGUAUGGUUCUGCCACACCACAAAAAAAGGCCUAUACUUGCAGUAAUUAAAUAGUAUGUUGAUGCUACAUUUCCAGCAAAAAAGUGCUCUACAGUUUUCAGCUAUCAUAAAUGAUAAAUAUAUGUGUGGGCUCAAUAUACAUGAAAAAUGAAAAUACAAUGUUGUACUGCUCAUACAAACAAGUCUUGCAAACCUUGUGUUAAAAAUGAAAUAA